AUGAGUAACCAAUUUACUACUUCAAAUAACGAAAAUGACUUAAACAAAGAUAAAAUCCUCAAAGAAUUUUCUUCAAAAUUUAUUUCAACAAUUAGUGCUUCAAGUGAUGACUACAAAAAUGGCGGGUCCAAAAAAGGUUGGCUGCUUUCUGAAGCAAUCAAACAAUUCGACAAAGACUGGUGUCACAAUUAUUCUUAUUAUAUGGAGAAACUUGAAUGUAAAAAUUCUUUAGAAUUGGCUGAGAAACUGGGUUCUCGAGUUCGCGUUUUCUUGGAUGGGUAUAAUGGUUGGAGGGUUGCCCCAAUGAAGACUUUAAAAAAUAGUUUUGCUUUGAAUCAAAUUGAUAGUGAUAUUGAAAAAAGGAAUCGAAUACAUAGAUGCCCAGUUAAUAUUGAAACAAAAAAUGAACCAAAAAUCUUUAAAGACUCCAAUAACAAUUUUGGCAACAAAAUUAAUAAUAAUAAUAUAUUUUCAAAUUCGGAUUGGUUGGGGACUUACUCAAAUUCGGCAGCAUUCUCAAGAAAAGUUAAUUUGUAA